ACUUUUUACUUUUGGUGACACUUGAGAGAAAUAAAUCUACCGAGUGGCGGUCCGGCAGAGCGCAGGCCGGCGACGUGCUGUGAAGGCCCGUCACAAUGAGCACGAGUCCUCUCCUUGUGAAUGUGGACGAGUGGAUAGCAGAGAACGAGAAUGAAUUUCUUCCACCGGUUUGCAAUAAGCUAAUGCACUUUCGCCAGCUGAAUAUCAUGUUCGUCGGGGGUCCUAAUACCAGGCAGGACUACCAUAUAGAGGAGGGAGAGGAGCUGUUCUACCAGCUGAAAGGGGACAUGUGUCUGAAAGUGAUAGAAAACGGCAAACACAAGGACGUGCACAUCAAAGAAGGACAGAUGUUCCUGCUGCCAGCACGGAUCCCUCACUCUCCCCAAAGACAGGCCAACACCAAGGGGCUGGUGGUGGAGAGAAGAAGGCUGCCUUCCGAGACUGACUGCCUGAGGUAUUAUGUGGGAAACUCUACGGAUGUCUUGUUCGAGAAGUGGUUCUACUGUGAGAGUCUGGGGACCCAACUCGUGCCUAUAAUCAAAGAGUUCUUCGCAUCAAAGCAGUGCAAAACAGGGAAACCCGACCCAAACGAGGUCUUCAGACAGCCUCCGUUCCAGCUCAACACCAUGAACGUCAUGUCCCCCUUCUGCUUCAAAGACUGGGUGGACAAACAGAGGCCCUCCCUGGCCAGCGGCCGGCCCAUCAGCAUGUUUGGAGUCCAGUUUGAGACAGAGACAAUGCUGUUUGGACCCGGGCAGACAGAGACGUGUGUGCGGCAAAGCGAUGUGUGGGUCUGGCAGCUGGAAGGCUGUUCGAGAGUGACCAUGGAUGACCAGGACAUCUCGGUCUCUCCUGGAGAAAGCCUGCUCAUCCCUGAGCAGAGCCGGUACAAGUGGCACAGGGAUGAAAAUACUGUUGCUCUGUUUAUUGUUCAGAACCCCGAGCGGAAAAGACCCUGAUCUGUCACCUUUGUGUUACCACACACACACACACACACACACACACACACACACACACACACACACACACACACACACACACACACAUAACGAACUACACAAGCAGGAGGACUCCUACCUCUCCACGUAACACUGAACACGGGUCCGGCCGUCUCUCAGCUUGCUCCUACAGCCUGAGUAAGUGAUGAUAUUCCACAGUAACGUACAUGUUAUGUCACAUGUUAUGUCACAUGUUAUGUCACAUGAGUAGCAUCACUUACAGGUGGUGUAAAUCAUCGCCAAGUUAUAAGAUUCAGUGAUGUGCAAAAUGAAUUUGAACUUCCAAACUGUUGCAGUAUUGACGCCAAAAUGUACUGGAAAAUAAACUGCUGAGUCGAACUUGUUUGUAGUCGUUGGAUUUAAGCUCAGAGUCGAGGAAGAGAAA